GUGCCCCUGCGCAGGCGCGGCUGGCGGCGGCGAUGGGCGGGCGGGUGACCCGCGUGUUCCGGAAUUUUAACGUGGAGAACCGGGCCAGCCGCGAGAUCAGCAAGGAGAAGCCCACGCCCGCGCCGCGGCACCGCACCGCCCGGCUGGACACCAUGGCCGAUAGCCGAGAGAUAAAAGAAGAAGUUCUCAGAAAGGACGAUAGGUUCCUCACGUUGCUCAAAGAUGUUUAUGUCGAGUCCAGAGAUCCACCAGUGCGGGUAAAAGAUGGAGGUGGUGAACAUCUUCCGAGUAAACAGGAGGAAAAGAGACUUACAAAAUUAGGCCGCUUGGAAGCUCUAGAUGUUAAGAAAGUUUCCAAAGGCAAAAUUUCCCUUGUGGAGGCUCUGACACUUCUUAAUAAUCAUAAACUUCAACCUCAAAUAUGGACUGCAGAGAAAAUAGCAGCAGAAUAUAGUCUGGAACUGAAGGAGGUCCACUCUCUUCUGGAAUUCUUCAUUCCUUUCACUGUGAUGGAAUUUCCUAAAGAAACCAAAAAAGCCAUAACAAGCCAUAAACCAAAACAGUUAACAUAAAAAGACUUGCCACAACCUUUUGUGAUCUCACUUGUGUCUUCAUUUUACUCUCAAGUGUAUUCCGUGUCUGCAAGGCUGCUUCCUUAUGCCAGUGAGAUGUAUUUCAAUUCCAUUCUACGUUGAAUGGCUUCAGUGAAAUGCAGCAACUACAGUUUGUAAACCAGAAUAUGACUAAUUCAUGGUAUGACAGCACAUCAUCACACAGUUCUGAUUAUCCCAUUCAAAUGUUAAAUCAUUUUACCUUAAAAGAUUGUCUUUCUCAGCAGGGACUUCCUGGCCUGCAGCUGAAGAGGUGCUCUGUUGGUGUAGGUUCUGUAAUUUCAUGUUGCACUGUUCUUUCAAUGACUUGCUGUCAAGAUGUGUGUACAUAACAAACAGCUGUAUUUCUUUUGUAUAAGAAUGGAAUGGUAUUUAUACUUUGUAAAGAAGGUUAACCACAAGGGCAUUUGGAAAAUUCAGCUGUAUCAAACAUAAAAUAAAAAGAAGGUGAACAGCAA